AUGGACAAUUUAGUAGAUAGUUUUGAAUUUGUAUCUCUUGCCUUAGACUCAAAUAAGAAACCCCUAUUAUUUAUCGAUCUAUACGUCCAGAACUCCCCGGCAGAACCCCUCAGAACGCUCAUAGACUCCGGAGCCACAUCAAAUUUCAUCUCCCCCUCCGUGGUCGAAAAAUUGAAAAUCCCAAAAACCCAACUCAAAAAUCCGCAAGUUGUGAGGAUGUUAGACGGUACCAUAUCACAGACUGGUCGCAUUUGGCACCAGGUUCACCUCACGGUCUUGGCCAAUGGCCACUCCCACUCCAUUCCCUUCCUUGUUUGCCCUAUAGGCAACACCCCGGCUAUUCUAGGCAUGACAUGGUUAACGGCAGAAGCCCCCCUCAUUGACUGGCAACAGGGCCUAGUCACAUUCCCAGAGUGUCGCACCCUUGGCUACACAGCCCCCACUAUCCCCACAUCGCCCAACAUUACCUCCCGUACCCCCUCUCGCGCUUCCUCCCGCGCCUCCCAGCGCACUGCUUCCCACCAAGGCCGCUCGUACCCCCAUGAGAUGGCAACCCGCUCCUGGAGCUCCGCUCGUCCCCAAUCCCCUCUCGAUCAAGGAGAGUUGGGACCCACUCUUCCGGCAACCGCCGUUGAGUCAGCAAGCCUCGAACCCAAGGUCUACGGGGAAGUCUCCCUCAGUCGAGCAAUCUCCCUCAUCUUGGGAUUGCAAAAUCAAGUCCUCCGGCUCGAGCAGGAACUCGAGGAAACAAAAGAAGCAGCCAAGGAAGCCCAAGACUGGAUGGGCGCAGUCGACCAAGCCCUCACUCGCAUUGAGGCUAGGGGUGGAGCCCCCCACACACCAGAAGACCGGAAACCUCCGGCAGUCAAGGCCACGCCCAGGCCCUUACCAAAAACCAACACUUUUCCAGCGCCUAGUGCGCCCCUCGUCGCCUGGGCCAACCCUACCAAAGCUCCCCCCGCCUUCGCUCAGCCAACUCCAGUCCGAGCCCCCCCAAGAGGCUAUACUCCCCCUCCGCCUUCGCCUAUCCGACUCCUCAAGGUAGAUCACCCUGACGCCUACACUGGGAAAAUAGGGAACGAAGCCCGCCAAUGGCUUACACGGAUGUUGGCAUGGGUCCGCCUUAAUCAGCGGAUGUUCCCCACGGAUCAGGAGACAUUGUCAUUCCUCCUGAUGAACAUGAAGGACGUGGCUGGAGCAUGGGCGCACCCCCACCUUGACCAACUAGGGUCCCACAGGGCCCUGAUCCAAUCGGUCGACGACUUCAGAGUGGAGUUUUUGGCUGCAUUUGGGAACCCCGAUGCCACACAAGCCGCGGAGCGGCAAAUUACACAACUCACUCAGACAGGCACCUGUGCUGAGUAUAUCACAAAGUUUAGGACCAUCUCCAUGGACCUAGACUGGAACGACGCCACCCUUCGUGGGCAAUUCGCACGAGGCCUCCACUGGGAGGUCAGCCGCCUCAUUGCCACUCGAGAACGGCGCCCAACCACCCUCCUGGAGCUGCAGAACGCAGCCCUGGUCAUCGAUAACGCCCUCCGUGAGGAGCGCGCCAGCCACCCGCCUAAGGGUAAUAAGUCUGGUGCCUCCACCACCACCCCCAAUAGGGGGGCGAGUACCGGCCAACAGGCCACAAGACCAGGGCGCCUCUCCAGCGAUCCCAACUUUGUCUCCGAGGAGGAACGCAACCGCCGCAGGGCUGAAGGCCUUUGCAUCAAAUGCGGAAAGGCAGGGCACAAAUUUGCGGAAUGCCGUACUGGCUGGAAAGCCACGCCUAAGGAGGAAGCCGUCAAGAAGGAAGCCGCCAAGAUUGGCAAAGAGUCUGGACCCGAAUCGGGAAAAGACUAA